ACCAUCAGCAACUCAGCAUGCCGCCGCCGAGUGAAGCAGGGCCAUCAACGACAAGGCCGACAACGCCUCCGCCAGCCGCAGGGUGAGCUUCAGAGCCCACGCUCAAUGUGCAUCUGGUCGCUCACCACUGUGCCUCGCCCUGCGCAGCUCUCGUCCCGGCCUUCCCCCCACGCCAGACCAUGUACGGGUGAUGCAAGAGAAUAGGCUCAAGGCCAAAGCGCGCAUCCAAGCCCAAGCAGCCGCCCAAUACCCGCAGCACUCGCUCAACUCCAACUCCAAACGACCCCUCGGCCCCCUCCCACUCGAAAGCGCUUCAGGCCCCUCUGCACCACCACGAGCAGCAGCAAAUGCAGCCGCUACGGUCCCCAGCACGUCUCGCAAUGCUGGAAGCUCCGAGACGGGUAUGGCUUCGCGGCCCAAGAUCAAUCCGCGCACAGGGAGACCCAUGCAGCCCGAGCCUGUAGCCUCCACCUCGUCCAAUGGCAAUGCUCCUCUACCGCGCGAUCAGUCUCUGGGAGACUACAUCGAGUUCGACCUCUCCCGUCUGCACAACAGUAAAGGUGGCUUUCUGGUUGACGAGGAUGAUCCCCUCGGAACGGGGGCCCCUUCAACCAAGACGAUCCAGGAGGUCAGGCUGGAGCGAGAGAGGGAGAGAGCCAGGAUACGAGCAGCUAUGGAGCCCGGUAUCAACCUGAGCGAUGAGGACAUGAUCUGUAGAGAAUGUGGAGGGAGGGAGCUACACGAUGACCUCAGACGGACGUUUGGGGUCAAGGUUUGUAGGAAAUGCGAGCGCAAGUUCCCAGAAAAGUACUCGUUGUUGACCAAGACGGAGGUGAAGGAGGUGCGUAGCGGCGUGAUCAGGAGAGACGACGUUGCAUCGCCCGACUGACUGUAUUAUAUCCUUCCGUCCUCUGUGCCGCCAGGACUACCUCCUCACCGACUCCGAGCUACGGGAUAGCGAGCUCCU